AUGAAGUAUACAUGGAAAACGCUGUUGCUAAUUUUCCUUGCUUUGUUGUUGGCAUUAACUAAGCAGUACUCCAGAAUAAAGGAUCACCUACAGAAGAUGUAUGUCUGCUGGAACGAUCCUUUGGAAGAACCUCAGCUCUCAGCCUGGUUUAAUCCCAAGAAACGUCCUGAUGUUACAGCUACAACUAGUUGGCUCGCUCCAGUCAUAUGGGAAGGAACUUAUAAUAAAGAAGUUCUAGAACAAUAUUAUAAGAGACUGAACAUUACCAUAGGCUUGGCUGUCUUUGCUACUGAAAACUUUACAAGUCAGUCCCUGAAACACUUCAUAAAAUCUGCCGAUAAGUAUUUCAUGGUUGGCUACAAUGUUAUCUUCUACAUCUUGGCUGACGAGAGGUACCAUCUACCGUACUUAGAGUUGGGCCCUCUUCGGACACUUAAAGCAUGGAAGCUAUCUAAUAAAGACAAGUGUCAAGACUGCAGCCUCAGAAACAUGAACAGCAUGAAAAGCAAAAUCAUGCAAUAUAUACAAUACGAAGUCAACUUUCUCUUCGUGAUGGCUGCGAGCCAGGUCUUCAAGAAUGGCUUUGGAGUAGAGACCUUGGGCACAUCUGUAGCUCAGCUUCACUCAUGGUGGUAUUUCAGAAACCCCAGAGAUUUCCCUUAUGAGAGAAGAGUUAAAUCAGUGGCCUUCAUCCCUUUUGAAGAGGGAGAUUUCUACUACAACGGUGCCAUUGUUGGUGGCACACCCAAUGAUGUUUUAGCCCUUAUUAAACAAUCUAUAAAGGGAAUUACAGAGGACAGUGCCAGUAAACUUGACAGCACAUAUGAAAGCCACAUAAAUAAACAUUUUUUUAUCAAUAAACCCACCAGGGUGUUAUCACCAGAGUACAACUGGAACCCAAAAUAUAAAACUCCUCCAGAAAUAAAGCGCAUUAAGGUAGCAUGGCAGCCAUAA